AUGGCCAAGUCUUUGCUCGUGGUAGGGCAUGGGCCCAUUGGGCAUUCCUUCCUUGAGAAGAUUGCAUCUGGAGAGUACAAAGUGUCGGUGCUGUGUGAGGAGCCGCGGCCGGCUUACAACCGGGUGAUGUUGACGCAGUACUUCGAGCACAUGGACACAGAGAAGCAUGACAAGAUGAAGCUGUCUUACGUCAGCGAGGAAGAAUUGAAGGACCUGAAGGUUGAGCUCAUCUACGGCCGGGCUGUGGGAAUCGACCGCGAGUCCAAGAAGGUGUCGUACACGAGCGGCGAGUCCACACUGACGGCGGGCUACGACGUGCUGGUCUUGGCCACGGGCUCCUUUUGCUUCGUGCCGCCGGUGCCGGGCAUGACCAUCCCGGAGAAGAAGAACGUGCACUGGCCGGACGACCCGGCGAGCCGACCCGAGGGUGUCUUCGUGUACCGUACCAUCGAGGACUUGGAGUCGCUGCUGGCCACGGUGAAGGCGGGCGCCAAGCGCGCUGUGGUCAUCGGCGGGGGCCUGCUGGGUCUGGAGGCGGCCAAGGCCGUCUAUGACCUGAAGCUGGAGAGCCACGUGCUGGAGAUGGCGCCGUACCUUAUGCCCACGCAGUUGAACGAAGCUGCGGGCUCCGUCUUGUGCAAGAAAAUCGUGGAUCUGGGCGUUCACGUGCACUGCGGGGUGCAGAUCAAGCGUGUAGUGCAGGAGGAUGGCAAGGUCACGGGCAUUGAGCUCCUGGAAAAGGGCGCUGAGGCGCCCAACAUCUUGGAAACAGAUCUGAUCAUCGUGUCCUGCGGCGUGCGGCCCCGCGACGAGCUGGCACGUCAGUGCGGCUUGGAGCUUGGCGCGCGGGGCGGCGUGAAGGUGGACAGUGGCCUGCGCUCCUCGGACGAGUCUAUCUAUGCCAUCGGUGAGGUGGCGGCCAUCGGGGGCAACAUGUGCUACGGCCUGUGGGCACCCGGGGUGGAGCAGGCAGAGGCGCUGUCGCAGAAUCUCCUGCAGGGCAGCGGCACGGCGGAAUACCACUCCAGCGACCUCAGCACCAAGCUGAAGCUGCUGGGAGUGGAGGUGGCCUCCUUUGGACGCAGUGCGGACUUCUGGUUCAAGCGCCAGUUCGAUGGCAAGGACCCCACAGUGAAGUUCAUUGAGAGCAAGGACGACGUCUCCGGCACCUACCGCCGACUUUGCUUCUCGGAGGACGGGACCAAGCUCAUGGGCGGCGUGCUGGUGGGAGAUGCCAAGGACUACACGAAACUUUUGCAGCUCAGCAAGAAAGACGACCUCGGAGGCAGCGACCCGGCCUCACUGGCCUUCAGGCGCCCGCCACCCGGGGCCGUGGCUGGGGCGCCGGUGGAUGGCGGCGAUGGAACCGGUCUGGCAGAUGACGACGUGAUUUGCACCUGCGUGAGCCUCACAAAGGGCCAGGUGCGGCAGUCGAUCAUCGACAUGGAGGCGUACACGGUGCCUGCCAUCAAGAAGGCUUGCAAGGCUGGCACUGGCUGUGGCGGCUGCGUCUCCCCAGUGGGCGAGGUGCCAAAGCUCCUGGCCCACACACUCAAGAAGCUGGGCAAGGCCGGGGCCACCGGGAUUUGCGCUCACUUCAGCUACUCUCGCAGGGAGCUCUUUGACAUCAUCAAGGUCAAACAGCUCAAGUCCUUCGAGGACGUCCUGACAACUGUGGGCAAGGUUGGCACGGGCAAUGACGGCUGCGAGCUCUGCAAGCCUGUGAUCGCUUCCAUCCUGGCUGGCUUGUGGAAUGACCACGCACUGCGCGAGGGCCGUGAUCAGAUCCAGGACACCAACGACCGCUUCCUGGCCAACAUCCAGAAGACGGGCACCUACUCCGUGAUCCCACGCUGUCCAGGUGGUGACAUCACUCCAGACACCCUCCUGGCCUUCGCCACGACGGCCAAGAAGUACGGACUGUGGACCAAGAUCACCGGAGCCCAGCGCCUGGGCAUGUACGGCGCCAAGAUCCACGACUUGCCAGACAUCUUCAAAGAGCUGGUGGAUGCCGGCAUGGAGACAGGACAGGCCUACGGCAAGUCCCUGCGCACGGUGAAGAGCUGCGUGGGGAGCACCUGGUGCCGCUACGGACAGCAGGACUCGGUGACCAUGGCCGUCACCUUGGAGCAUCGAUACCGAGGCCUGCGAUCGCCCCACAAGAUCAAGAUGGCGGCCUCGGGUUGUCUGCGGGAGUGCGCGGAGGCGCAGAGCAAGGAUGUGGGCGUCAUCGCCACCCAGGCCGGCUACAACCUCUACGUGUGCGGCAAUGGCGGCGCCAAGCCGGUGCAUGCCAAGCUGCUUGCCACGGACGUCACCGAGGAGGUGUGCUUGCAAUACGUUGACCGCUUCCUGAUGUUCUACAUCUCGACUGCCAAGCACCUGCAGCGCACCGCACCUUGGCUGGCUGAGCUGGAGGGGGGCAUCGAGUAUUUGAAGAAGGUGGUCAUUGAGGAUUCGCUGGGCAUCGCUGCUGAUUUGGAGGAAUUGAUGGCGAACAACCGCGGGAACUUCAAGUGCGAGUGGAAAGAGGUGGCUUAUGACGAGGACCUGCGCAAGAAGUUCAAGCAGUUCGCCAACACCAACGAUGUCCACGAUUCUGAGCAGAUUGAGUAUGUCGACAUGCGUGGCCAGCGCCAUCCCAACACCUACAGCCCACCGGAUAUCACCGGUGCAGCGCUUUUCUCCAAAGACCAGGCCACUGCCACUUGGGAGUGGAUCUUUGCCGGUAAGGUGACGGAUUAUCCCAAGAACGGCGGCCUCAGCGUGAAACACGGCACUCAGGAGCUUGCCGUUUUCCACCUUCCCAAGCAGGCUCCGGAGGAUCAAUGGCUGGCCACACAGAACCUUUGCCCCCACAGGCAAGCUCGAAGUAUCUCCAGGGGCUUGGUGGGCGAGCAGCUGAGUGGUGUGCUGACUCUGGCGGAUCCUAUCUACAAGACCACCUACAACUUGAGAACCGGCGAAGGCCUCGGCAACCCCAACUUCAACCUGUCGACUUUCAAGACCAAGGUGGAAGACGGCAAAGUCUUCGUGCAGGUGCCUCCCUGCCAGGAGAUGGAGGAGGCCUUUGAGGCGAAGAUCCAAGCUGCCUUCGAGGCUGAGGGCAAAGAAUACAAGAAGAAGGUCGGCGGCCCAAUCGCCGCACCCAAGGACUUGUCCUGGUGA